AUGGAGUCACCCAAAGUUAAGCUCAAUAAGGCGCCAACGGCUAUGUCGGCAGCUUUGUACCUUGUACUCGUUGAGAAAGCACAUUUUCGGGCUCGGUUGACAGCGGUGAAAUUAAUCCAUCCGAUGUUCUUACUUACUGCACCACCACCACCACCACCCACCACAGAGAGCAGAGCCUCAACUCCAAACCUUUGUCAGCCAACGUCUCUACUACUCCACCGUAACCGACCAACUGCAAGUGCUUGUGAGGGCUACCAACAACAACUUCCAUAUUUGUGCAGAGUAGAGUACUCUAAUUGGCGGAUAUUGUGCACCAUGGAGACUCCAAGGGCCGCCCUCACACCCGAAGCACAGCCGUUCGAAGCGAAGGUUUAUUUUAAUCCGCGAACCCCAAACCGAGGACUGGGCUGCAGAGUUCAAGCGCUACAUCUCGUCUAUAUCCCAGGUGGUUGGGAGUGUGAUUCUUCUGUAAUGCAUAAUGCUGAAGCAAGACUAAUACUACUCUGGCGUAGACCAGAGUAUCUACACCCAGCACCGAAGAACCUGCUUCUGAAAAGAUUUUAUUGGACAUGGAUAUGCAUACGGUAUAAUGGAGGGGGUGGACUCAAGGCUCCCGGUGUCCAGUUACACAUCACGAUAGCUUCCAUGCAGGAGCAGCAGUGUGCCUUGAUGGCAAGGAUACAGCAAUAUAGGGGCCCCAAGUAG